UGUGCUAUUUGUUACUGCGUCAAGAUGUUACGCCACGCACUCUUCCUUCUAUUCUUAUCACCUGUCCUAUCACUGGAACUCGAGGUGGUCAACCAGUGGAAUUUGCUCGACUUUCAAUUCCCCUUCGACCACCGCCUCAUCAACAACUUCCGCCCGGAACGGAACGUUUUCACCGGUUUGGAAAUCACCAAUGACCGGAUUUUCCUCGCAGUUCCGCGCCUCUGGUCGGGCGUUUCCGCCACGUUGGCGGUGAUUCCCCGACACACGCCGCCUGGAUCGAGUCCAAUGCUGCAAGCGUACCCCAAUUGGGAGGCCCAUAAGUUCGGGAGGGGUCAAAAUGACAGCUGUGACGGGCUUACUUCAGUCUACAGAAUCAGGGCGGAUUCAUGCAACCGACUUUGGGUUCUAGAUUCGGGGGUUAACCUAGCCCUUGAGGACUUCCAACGUGUGUGUCCUCCAAAAUUGGUCGUUUUUGAUCUAGAGACCGACCAAAUUGUGAAAACUGUUGUUUUCCCAAGACAAGUUCUGCGCCCCAAUUCGCUGCUAACUAACUUAGUUAUUGAUGAGACGGGACAUGGGGGCUGCGAGCGGGCUUUUGUCUACAUGUCUGACACAGCAGCACCAGGUUUGGUUGUGUAUGAUUCGAGGCAUGACACAGCCUGGCGUCUUAUGCACCCCACGAUGUUCCCAGACCCCGACUUUUCCGAUUAUACUGUCGCAGGGGAGCGUUUCACCCUUAUGGAUGGGGUGGUGGGGCUCACACACUCGCCCAAGUUAGGAAUUUUGUAUUUCCAGCCCCUGGCUACUGACCGUUUGUUUAGUAUCCCGACGUCAGCCCUACAGAAGGGCCCCCCAGGCCAAGACGAAGAACUCCCCAUUACUCUAGUCGGGAAAAAAUCAUCGCAAGGUUUAGGUCUAGCCCUUGACCCAAAAGACGACACGAUUUUCUUCAGUCCGGUUAGAGAGACGUCAAUUGCGGCCUGGAAUCCGGUUACCAACCACCAAAAGUUAAUCGCCUAUGACCCGCAAGCGCUUCAAUUCGCUGCUGAAUUGCGAUGGAAGGAUGAGGACCAAUCGAUUUGGUUGUUGUCUACAAGGUUUCAGAAGUUUUUCAGGAGGACUAUUAGUCCCCACGAGGUCAAUUUGAGGAUAAUUAGGAUCAGUACGGCUCCAAGAGUUGCUUCCGGAGUAACCAAUCAUUUGUUUUAUUAAUCGACGGAAUUACCAAUUUGUUAAGUGUAAAAAUGUAUUUAUUUUUGUAGAGAUUGUGUUUUAUGUAUUUUGACUGGUCAUCAAGUGUAUUGUAAAUAAGUGAAUCAAUAAAUUUGAGGAAGUGA